CUGGUCUAGGUCUUAAAUGAAAGAAGAAAAAAAACCUAGGCCCUCCAUGGAAUGAGUUUGACACCCCUGCCCAACGUGAUUGAUCAUAUUUCUAAUGUGGCUUUCUCUUCAAAACGUUUUCUCUACUGAACAUAACCCAGGAUUUCCCUUCAGCCUUUUGACACUAUUUUGAUGACGUUUACGGAAGUUAUAGCGCCUCUGAUGUGGACAAAAUGAUCGGGGAUCUCUUGAUAUUCGGGACCUUACUCAUGAAUGCUGGUGCUGUGUUAAACUUCAAACUAAAGAGAAAGGAGACACAUGGAGGAUUUGGAGAUGAACCUCGUGGACCAACUACAGGUGACAACAUCAGGGAGUUCCUCCUGAGUCUACGUUACUUCCGGAUCUUCAUUGCCUUAUGGAACAUCUUCAUGAUGUUUUGCAUGAUUCUAUUGUUUGGAUCAUGAUCAACUUCCUUGUUGGAUUGGGGACCCCUGCUGAAAAAUUAAACAAAUAUUAAAUAUUUUUCGAGUUGAUACUUUGAUGGGUUGCUCUUGUGUCAGAUCCUGUGACCAUUCUGUGCAUUUACCUUGUAUUAAUAUAUCUCAAUGUCUUGCCUGUAAUUUUCAGUAAGCAGAUUAUUCUGCACAAUAACACUUACUACUACAUGUAUAAGUUAGUUAAAACACAUUUGUACAUGUUAUAUUUGGACCUCCAUGUUUAUUCAACUGUGAAUAUACGAAACAUUUGACUCUUGGCUGUUCUCUUCAUAAUUUUCUGUUCCUUUCAGGCUUUUACUAUCUUAUUUGGGUUGCUGACCUGUUAUAGUCCUCAUUUUCUUCUAAAACUUGUGAAUACAAUGAGAAAAUAUGUAAAUCUCCAACCAUUUUAGACAUGUUUGAUGUGUUUCUUACAUAGGCCUUCUGAUGUUACCAGCAGUCAGACUUCAAUUCAUCGUUGUGUACUUUUGUCACAUCUAUAACCUAUUUCUGUAUAAUAAACCUUUACUCUGAAAUGCAC